AUGGCUCCCGAGGGCUCUGCCCCCACUACAAGCUCAAAUCUCCCCGUUUCAAUAGUAUGUGUGGGCAUGGCUGGUAGUGGAAAGACAACAUUCAUGCAGCGCCUCGUCUCGCAUCUCUAUACGCACCCAAACCCCACUCAGAGCGAACCGUCCGUGUCAAAGACGUCUCCAUCACCGCCGUACAUCAUCAACCUCGAUCCUGCCGUCCACCAUGUUCCCUUCACACCCAACAUCGAUAUCCGCGAUAGCGUUAACUACAAGGAGGUUAUGAAGCAGUUCAACUUAGGGCCGAACGGCGGCAUCCUGACUAGCUUGAACCUAUUCAGUACAAAGAUCGAUCAGGUCAUCGGCUUACUGGAGAAGCGAACACAGCCGCCCGCUCCCAAACCGGAGCAGGAACAGUCGACAGUCGAGUUCAUGACGAGCGGUGGGAAGGAGAAGCAGGCAGCGCCGGCGCAACAACCGCAGGUCAAACACAUAUUGGUGGAUACCCCGGGUCAGAUUGAGGUCUUUGUCUGGUCAGCAAGUGGGGAGAUUCUGCUUUCUAGCUUAGCCAGUACAUUCCCCACGGUCAUCGCGUACAUCAUCGACACACCACGCACUACUAGCACCAGCACAUUCAUGUCAAACAUGCUCUACGCUUGCUCGAUCCUCUACAAGACAAAAUUGCCCAUGAUUCUUGUUUUCAACAAAACAGACGCGCAAGACGCCCAGUUUGCAAAAGACUGGAUGACCGACUUCGAGGCAUUCCAAUCCGCCCUACGAAACGAGGAAGAAAACGGCGGGGAAGAUUCGGUUGGAGGAAGUGGAUACAUGGGCAGUCUACUGAACAGCAUGUCACUUGUGCUCGAGGAGUUCUACAAGCAUCUCAGCGUGGUGGGUGUUAGUGCGAUGACGGGUGAUGGCAUGGACGAGUUCUUCAAGGGCGUGCAAGAAAAGAAGGAGGAAUUUGAGCGAGACUAUAAACCAGAGCUUGAGAGACGCAAGGCAGAGAGGGAGCAAGAGAAGAAGGAGACGCGUCAGCGAGAAUUGGACAAGAUGAUGAGAGAUAUGAAGGUGGGUGGUGCAGGAACAAAGCCAAAACCAAAGCCCCGAAAGGAAGAGCCAGAGACGGUUAGUGACGCGGAAAACUCUGAUGAAGCUGGUAUGAUGGACGAAGAUAUGGAUUACGAGGACGAAAUGGACCCGGAUAACCCAGAGACUGGCAUCAAGGAGCGCUACCGGCAAGCCGUCCAGGAGCGUGGUCUUGACCAAGGCGAAGACCACAGCUUUGCGCGAUAUGUCAACAUGGCAAAAUUCACAUGA